CUGUUUCACUGAAAAGCAAAAUCGUUGAAUCUUUUGCUGGGAGAGUCAGAGAAGUGAGAGAGAAGAGAGGCUUCUUUGGUUUGGGGCAAGUUCGUCGUGGAUGAUUUAGAAUGGCGGGAGGAUCUGAGAGGAAGACGAUACUAGUGGGUUUGGUUCUAGCUCUUGUUCUUGGUAUCGCUGUUUACUUGAGGCUUUGGACUAUCGAUUAUACUCUGUCUUCAGAUGACACUGAACGCUUAAGGAAACAGUUUGAUUUGGCUAAUAGAGAAGCAAUGGAUGAAUCUGCAGACUGGAGGAGAAUGUUUGAUAACGAAGCUGAGAAAGCUUCUAAAUGUACAAAAGAACUGGCGCUGAUCAAAGAGUCAUCUCGGAAUGGAAACGGCAAUCAAAAGCUGGAGUCAUUACAAAAGGAAAAUGCGGCAUUGCUCAUUCAGAUAGAGAAAUUAAAACAAGAGCUUGAAGCUUCACGGUUAAAGUGUCGCUCACGACAGGCACCCCGUUAGAAUAAUCUUCAUGAUAUGUUGUCACUUGUCAGUGAUAGUCCACUGGUUUAUAAAUACUAGAUAGGCGAAGAGCUGCACUUAUAGUUUUUGAAGAAGGUUGCACUUGUACAUCAUUGUGGUUAGCCCCGCUUGUGUUGUGUUCUUGCCUCUUAGGUUCCGUGAGGGCACAGAAAUAACGGUUUUAUUUUAAGGUGUACAGAACGGAAACCAGAAACUAUACCAUAGUUGAGUAUCAUAAAACUUUCUGAUUUCUCCUUGUGAUCGUUUUAUUGCGGAUGGAUUGUACCACAACUCUUUCUGUUUCCUUCAUUGAACCGGUCUUUACAUUAAUAUAUGAUUCACAAAUCACCAAGA